AUGACAGCUUGUAGUUUGCUAAGUUACGUUGCAAUUGCGUGGAUGAAGAUGGUGCCUAUGCAGACGAUUCGGUCUAAAACACAAUUCAUUAAGAUCUCGGCUUUAAGUCUCGUGUUUUGUGUGUCGGUUGUGUUUGGUAAUAUUUCUUUAAGGUUCUUGCCUGUCUCUUUUAAUCAGGCUGUUGGUGCUACUACGCCGUUUUUUACGGCUGUUUUUGCUUAUUUGAUGACUCUUAAAAGAGAGGCUUGGCUUACUUAUGUUACCUUGAUUCCUGUUGUCACUGGGGUUAUUAUUGCUAGUGGGGGUGAACCCAGUUUUCAUCUAUUUGGGUUUAUAAUGUGUAUUUCUGCUACGGCUGCAAGGGCACUCAAAUCAGUGCUGCAAGGGAUUUUACUUUCUUCAGAAGGGGAGAAGCUGAAUUCUAUGAACCUCCUCCUAUACAUGGCUCCAAUAGCCGUUGUAUUUUUACUCCCUGCAACGCUUAUAAUGGAAGAAAAUGUGGUUGGUAUCACACUUGCUCUUGCCAGAGAUGAUGUCAAGAUCAUCUGGUACUUGCUAUUCAACUCAGCACUAGCGUAUUUUGUGAAUCUGACCAAUUUCUUGGUUACAAAACACACAAGCGCUCUGACUCUCCAGGUUCUCGGUAAUGCAAAAGGAGCUGUGGCUGUUGUGGUUUCGAUUUUAAUAUUCAGAAAUCCCGUGUCUGUUACUGGAAUGCUUGGUUACUCGCUUACAGUCUUUGGAGUUGUCCUCUACAGUGAAGCCAAGAAACGAAACAAAUGA